CUGCAUUCCCCACCGGCCUCGAGAUCCCUCCUGCGGCCGGAGCAGACUGCAAGUGGGGCUCCCCGUGUACCCCUGCUGCUUGACAUGCAACUCCAGGGCGCCCUCCUGCCCACCGUCAAUCAGGGUCCCAUGGCCUACGCGCACGCCUUCCUCAGCCCCGAAAACGCCGUCCUCCAUCCGCCGGCAAAAGUCCAGCGUUUGAAGAGACUGUUUCUGUAA